GGGGGCGCGGGGCCGCCGGGGGGGCGCGGCGUGUGCAUCCGCGAGUUCCGCGCUGCGGAGCAGGAGGCGGCGCGCCGCAUCUUCUACGACGGCAUCCUGGAGCGCAUCCCCAACACGGCGUUCCGCGGCCUGCGGCAGCACCCGCGCACACAGCUGCUCUACGCCCUGCUGGCCGGGCUGUGCUUUGUCGUGACGCGCUCGCUGCUGUUGACUUGCCUGGUGCCUGUGGUGCUGCUGGCCCUGCGUUACUACUACAGCCGCAAAGUGAUCCUGGCGUACCUGGACUGCGCGUUGCACACGGACAUGGCCGACAUCGAGCAGUACUACAUGAAGCCGCCCGGCUCCUGCUUCUGGGUGGCUGUGCUGGACGGCAACGUGGUGGGCAUUGUGGCCGCACGUGCUCACGAGGAGGACAACACGGUGGAGCUGCUGCGCAUGUCUGUGGACUCCCGCUUCCGCGGCAAGGGCAUCGCCAAGGCAUUGGGCCGGAAGGUGCUGGAGUUUGCGGUAGUGCACAACUACUCUGCGGUGGUGUUGGGCACCACAGCUGUCAAGGUGGCUGCCCAUAAGCUCUACGAGUCACUGGGUUUCAGACACAUGGGCGCAAGUGACCACUACGUGCUGCCUGGCAUGACCCUCUCGCUGGCCGAGCGCCUCUUCUUCCAGGUCCGCUACCACCGCUACCGCCUGCAGCUGCGUGAGGAGUGAGGGUCGCUGCCUGCCCACCACCCCAUCCACCCCUUCCACUUGCGCCCGCCCACCCGCCUGCCCGCCACCCGGCGUGGCCCUGCUCCCAGACGCUCACCUUGGCGUCUGUGUCAGGUUUUCUCCUUCAACAUCACGCGGUUACCUGGCUGUUCCUUGAGGUGUGGCGCUGUUGCUCACCUGUGACGUGGUGGUGGGGUGGGGUCUGCAGCCUCGGCCCCUGCCCUCUCAGCCUUGGGAAGUGGAGCCUUGGAUCCCCAGACUGCCCACCCAGCUGCCACCUGCCUCUGUCCGGAAGGCCUCACCUCUCCCAUUAAGCACAGAAGCUCUGCCCAAACCCUCUAGGGAGCAGACCCUGGCCCCCCAGCCAGGCUGUGGCUCGGCCGUCAUCCCUGAAGUGUGGCCCAGGCUGGCCGGCUGCCAUCCCAAGGGAGACCGAGCUGGCCGCAAGCUCCGUGCUGCUCUGUGCAUGCUGAGGACGUGGCCUGGCUGCCGCAUGCCGCAUGCCACAGCCCCUUGCCCUGCUGCCCUAUCUGGACGGGACCCAGGCCUGUGGGCACUGCCUGGCCUGUGUGCACUCCAGGGGCCCUGGCCUGGGUUCACCCGCCUGCUCCACCUACUUCUGCUUUGCUUUGAUACCAUGUCACCUCUGUCCUUCUGGUCCCUGCGCCCUGUGCCCGGGCUUGGCUGGCUUGGUGCGGCACUCAGGUGUGGUUCCUGUAGCGACCUGUCUUACGUCUGGGAGGAGGCCCCGGGGACAUCUGUGCCUCAGCCCCUGCUAGAUCAGGUGUUCCCUCCCAGCUGCCUGUGGCCUCCUGUCUCUGCUGUCUGCCAGGGUCCACCCUGUGACUCUUACUAGCCCAGGCUGCUGCCGGCGAUGCCCAGACACAGCUUCUCCCAGCCUGAAAUGAUCCGUUUUCUAAUAAGUUACUUAGACAGAAUAGCAUUCUGCAUGACUUUAAUUCUUGGGACAGAAUGGUAGUUCGUAUCUUCAGACACACGCAUGCGUGUGGUGCUAGCAUAAGCACUGUUUCUGGCCCCCUUGGUGGGGUGGGUGGCCGGGCGGGUGGAGGGCUUCACAGUGAGAUCUGGAGGGAAACCGUGACCUAGUGGAAUCACCCUGAAAACAUUCCUGGAUGGUGAGGGAGCUCCAGGUUGCCCCUCCUAGCUCUCGUCUGUAGGAUAGAGGGGAUAGGGCAAGUCCCACAGCCCUGAGGGGCUGGGCACUGCUAUGGUAGUGGAGUAGGACCUGCUGUGCCUUGUGGCCAGCUUGACUAGCUGAAGGGUGGCUGGUCAGGGAGAGGAGGGCAGGGCUAGCAGUGACCCCUGGCCAGUGGACCCUGUGCCUGACCCUAUAUGGGGGCGCAGCCCAGACUCCCUUUGUGUGGGGCUUAAGGGGCUGCAGGUGUGGCAGCCACAGAGCUGGUCCCUUAGCAAGGUUCUUGAGCAAAAGGUUCGGCAGCGCAGCCCAGUACUGCAAGGGCCUUCUUGUCCUGGUAGCAGCUGAGGCACUUGCAGAGCACUGUACAGACCCCGCUGUCCCUUGUAUAUUCCUCCCUGGUGGUGCCCGGUCCCCUCGGGGUGGGAGUUUUGUAGACUGUACAGAAAUUGGCACCCUAUUUUCUUGCAGCUCUCAGAUUUUGUUAAUUUGGAUUAUACAGACAGAUGUAAAAGUGUUUUAGCAAAAUGGAAAACAAACAGUUGUGCCUUCUUUUUCUGUUUGGUUUGGUGUUGGCUUGGGCUGGUCUUAGUUGCCAGGGGACAUUGGGGCUGCUGGCCUGUCUGAGGCUCAGGGCAGGGGCAAGGCUUCUGUAGGUGGCAGUGUCUGGUUGGUGGGCAGCUCCGGCCAGUGAGGCUUCUCUCCCUAUGUCUUUGGAGCCUGCAAUCCUGGGCUUGGGGGCAUGGACUGGGGCAGAGCCCAGUUGCCCUUAAAUCGACCUGCAAGUGACUCAUGGCAGACCCCACUGCGGGGGUGGGGGUGGUCAGAGGGUCUGGGCGGGGCGGAUUGCCCUCCUGGCUGCUGCUACCUCUGCCCUAGGGAAUCAUCCCAGCCACAAGGCCCCAUUGGUUGAUGGAGGGAUGCUUGUUGGCGCUCAACUACCCUUUGCCACCCUUCCAGUGCCAUUGGGAUUGAGCCAAGAUGCCAGGAGCAGGCUGGCAGGGCGGGCUUCAGCCCUCACAGGUUGGUGGGCAGACCUCCUGCCCCUUGAGUUAUAGGUUGGGUCUGGCGCUGAUGCCCCUGCUCACCCCAGCCCUCCACGUCCCUCCAGCUUGAGCGCUAAUUGCUCUGAAGUUGUGCACUGACAUGAAUUUUAUACGUUUGUGGAAACUGCUGUGUCUUCUACCUCUAUGGAGGCCCUUCUGGACUCGCUGCCCAGUGUUCAGCACAGUUCCUCUGAGUUUGCUGGCCCACUGCUGCCUCCCUGGGUCUCGGCCCCCUUGGUAGCCUGGGAAGGUCCAGGGGUGUCAGCCUGGUGCCCAGGAUUUCUGUUGUUUGUUUGCAGCCACUUCUUAUGGAGUGGGGAGGGUGGGCACACAGGAACUAAGUCCGGGUCACCGGUGUUUGCUGAGCCUGUGCUGUGGCCUGUGGCUGCCAGGCCUGCAUCUGUUCAGAUGGCCAGCCCUGUGGUGGGUGGCCAGGAGGUUGGCACCCCUGUGCUGAGGCCAUGUGUGAUUGACCCCUGAGCACAGGAAGGUUGAGCCCUUGUGGCCGUGGCAGCCCCUUCCCCGUCCUGCACCUUCCUCCAUACCCGUAGGCUGCGAUGCCUGCAGAUGAUGAGGCAGAGGGGGUGAACAGCUGGCCCCAAAGGAAGCAGACAGCAGCAGCUCAGAGUGCAGGGCCACGAGCAGCCCUUUAUGAGUGACAGGCACCCCCAGGCCCUAAGGGGAGGAGCUUCCAGGCCGGUACCAGGACCUGGGUGUUCUGAGCCAAGGGCCUGGUUUUGGGCGGCUCAAUGCCGGUGCCGCCUCCCCCACCUGUGCAGGGGGGCCAAGCCCAUACCUCCCUGGAGCUGGUUUCCAGGACUGUGCAUACGACCAGUUCUGUCUCUGGGCUUUGCUGAUGUGUGGGCUUCUUGGGCAGGAGGUGGCUCCCAGCCUGGCUGGGGAUGUGUGGGCACCCCUAGGGCUACCGUCCUGUUAAUGCCCAAAGGGCAGCAGAAAAGAGUGAACCCUAAAGCUGAGGGGCUGCUGCUUGCCCAUCUGGUGAGUGAGUGCUGGACCGAUUUGCUGUCUGCAAACUCAGAUGUGUUGCCAGGCCUGGGCUUGGGCUCAGGCUUCUGGGGUUGAGUUCAGGGUGGGGGGUGGGGCUAGCCCUGGAAUAAAUGGCCCUGUGGCAUGACAUCCAUGGGACACGGCAGCACAGCUGGCCAGAGCUGCCCGGGCUUGGGUGAAGGCUGAGCCCUGACUUACCACCAUUGGAUGUAUUUUUUUUUAAAACAGCAAUAAUUAGCCAUUUUAAGGAAGGGGUGUACCUAUGUGUGUGUGUGUGUGUGUGUGUGUGUGCAUGUGUGUGUGUGCCUGUGUAGUGCACCUGUGUAUCUGUGGAUGCGAGUCUAUGUUUAUGUAUGCAUGUGUACACGUGUGUUUGUGUGAGUGCACAUAUGUACAUGUGCAGGUACAUGUGUGUACAAGGGCAGCAUGUGUGAGCCUGUGGGUGGGCAUGUUCCUGUGUGUGGCUGUGAACAUGGAUUUGUCGUGUGUGUGUGCGCGUGCGUGUGCACAGGUGUGUGAUGGGGAAGGCAGGGGAGAGCUUCCUGAGCUGGGAUGUGCUCUGGUGAGAAGCAGGGUCCUGGGGUUCCUGGCUGGCUCCACGUGCAUGUAUCCCAGCCCCCCCCCCAGGGGUGGCGAGCCCCAGUCCACCCCCUUUUGGCCGUGGCAGGGUAGGGGACAGGAGCCCCAUGGACAGACACUGGCCGGCUUGGGCCGGGGAUGGAGGGCGCGUUGUCGUGGUGGGUCUCACUGCUGUCAUGUGUUCCUGAAGCUGUACUGUGAGCCCAGGACAGGGUGGGUGUCCUGCGGCCUCAGGAUGUGCCAAAGCAGCCCUGAGGGCCAGGUGAUGAGCCAAGUCCCCAGGAGACAGGCUGGGCCCGAGUGGGUGUGUGCCGGCCUGUGUGGC